UUUAUUUACAAUGGCUGGAAAAUUUGUGCAGGCAACUUAUCCUUCAGAUGAUAUCAGCCGGCGGAGGCUUCCCAUCGAAAAAUUUGCACCGAGUAUCUGGGCUGAUACUUUCACUUCAUUCUCCUUCGAUAUUCAGGCACAAGAAAAGCGUUCCAAAGCCAUCGAAUCUCUCAAGGAAAAAGUUAGAGAAAUGAUCAUUGCUGGAGGAAGUAAUCAUGAACUGAAUGAGAAGCUAAUAUUAAUCGAUACCGUGGAGCGUUUAGGAUUGGCGUAUCACUUUAAGCAUGAAAUCGAGGAGCAACUCGAAAGCAUCGCUAGCAAUCUCUCGGAACACAACGACUUAUACACUUCAGCUCUACGGUUUCGAAUUCUUAGACAGCACCACUAUCUUGUUUCUUCGAGUGUAUUUAACAAAUUUAUGGAUCAAGAUGGGAAGUUUGAUGAGAUACUCAGUAGAGACGUGAAGGGAUUGUUGAGCUUAUUCGAAGCAUCACAGGUGAGGAUUCAUGGAGAAGAUAUUAUGGAAGAGGGAUUAGCUUUCACUACCCAUCAUCUGAAUGCUUUAGCACAAACAUUAGACUGUCCACUUCAAGACCAAGUAAAAAGAGCUCUAGAGCAUCCACUUCAUCGAAAUUUUUCAAGAAUAGAAGUGCGCAAAUACAUUUCUUUCUAUGAAAAGGAUUGCUUGCACAACAAAGUGAUUCUGGAAUUAGCCAUGCUGGAUUUCACUUACUUGCAAAAUUUGUACAAGAAAGAGCUUUGUGAUCUUUGUAGGUGGUGGGACAAUAUUGAUCUCAUGUCGAAGCUCACGUAUGCCAGGGACAGGGUGCCAGAGAUCUAUGUUUGGAGCUUAGUAGUUUAUUUCGAACCCAAAGACUCACUUAGUCGAUUGGCGGUUGCUAAAUGCACAAUAAUAGCCUCAAUAUUCGAUGAUAUGUACGAUAACUAUGCAACUGUUGAAGAAGCCGAAGCCUUUACAAAGAUUUUAGAAAGGUGGGAUAUUGAUGAAAUGGAUCGACUUCCCGACUACAUGAAAAUUGUCUAUAAAUUCAUAUUGAGUACAUAUGAAGAAUUUGUAUGUGAGGCAUCGAAACGAGGAAGACUAUUUGCAGCUCCCUAUGUUAGAGAAGUGAUUAAAGAACUUAGCCGAGGUUAUAACAACGAGCUUAAGUGGUUUCUCGGUGUACAAAUGCCCACACUUGAAGCCUACAAUGCGAACAUCAUUAUUACAAGUGUGGUAUUUUUACUAACCACGCCGGCUUUGUUAGGGAUGAAAUCUGCAACAGAUGAAGUAUUUCACUGGCUACUCAAUAGGCCUAAACUUGUCCUGGCAGCUGCUAGGAUUGGUCGACUUCUAGAUGACUUGGGCUCGGAUAAACGCGAGGGCCGAGAAGGGCAAAUGCUCACGGCAGUCACCAUGUAUAUGAAACAACACGGCGUAACAAAGCAAGAAGCAUUGAACAAAUUUGCUGAAAUUGUUGAAGAUUCAUGGAAGGACAUUAAUUCAGAGUGGUGUAACUUGCCUUCCUACAUUCCUCGUGAAGUCGCAAAUUUGCCUCUCAACUUUGCUCGAGCAUCAGAGAUUUUUUAUAAGAGCUCGGAAGAUGGAUACACAAGUCCUGAGAAGGGUAUGGCUACACAGAUGGCUGAUCUCCUUGUACUUCCCCUAAUCGUUUGAUUCAUUUGUGAUUAUGAAUAUAUGGAUGUUCCAAAAUGCUAGUUAUUUUUGCAAUAUACAUGAUGAGAGUGCAGGCCUCAUAUUUGUUAGUUUGGCAUUUACUUCUAUGGAUUCUGUUGUUUUUUUGUGGAUUUAAUCGAAUGAAAAUGUGAGUGUGAAA